AUGUACACUAUAAAUAUAGAAAUGAUAGCCAAAAACGAGGUUGAUGACUUCUUGCGGAAUAUUGUAAAAAAGCAAAAUAGCAAAACUGUAAAAAAGCAAAAUAGCAAAACUGUAAGAAAGCAAAAUAGCAAAACUGUAAGAAAGCAAAAUAGCAAAACUGUAAGAAAGCAAAAUAGCAAAAUGGCAAAAUCCACAGAAGAUGCAACUGAAGAAACUGCCUUAUAUUAUUUGGAGAUGUGUAAUGGGAACUGUAAUGAGGCAGUGAAAUUAUAUUACGAGAUAAACAGUGAAACCACUUUACAAAACAGGAUCGAUCGAGUCGGGGAUGAAUCAAUAGGUGUAGAAGAAACUGUAAGAGCACAAACAGAAGAACACGUUAAAGAACGAAUCAAAGACUACAGCACCGAAUAUAAUGAUUAUGUGAGAGAACCAGAUAAACAUUUUAGUCAAGUACUAAUCCAUGAUAUGGAUGACUCGAAUUUUUUGCAUUUUAAUGAAUUAAAUAAAAAAGAAAAAAAAGUGAACAUAGAAUUAGGUGACACUUUUGGAAAACUUUUUUCUCCACCCGAAUUUUUAAUUUGUUCUUUGCCGUUUGAAGACAUGAGAAAAAAAUCAAAAGAUGAAAAUAAAUACAUUUUAGUGAACAUACAAAAUUCAGAAUUUGAUUCCUUGAGAUUAAAUAGAGAUAUAUGGAAUAACGAUCUAGUGCAGGAAAUAAUAAAAAACUUUUUUAUUUUCUGGCUGCGAUAUGAGAAUGACCAAGACGCUGUAAAUAAGUUGCCUUACAUAUGUGUAUUAUGCAAAAGAACAGGGAGAAAAUUAAAAGUUUGGAAUACUAAAAACUUUCAAGACCCAAUAUGUGCUCAAUCACAGCUUUACGAAUUUAUUGAAACAAUUGAAACAAAAAAUAAUGGGAAUUAUGACCAUGUUAAUAAUAGCAUGGUUCAGAAGGACAACAUACCAACUGAUGCACAACUAAACAGUAUAUGUAUGAACAACGAAAGUAAUUACAAUCAUGUUAGUGACAAUAUAUUACAUAAUGCAAAAAAAGAGAUGAACAUGGUUCAGAAUAUUAAAAAGGAUAAUGAGAGGAAUACAAAUUCGUGUAUAUCAUCUACAGGUUUAACAGAAUAUACGGAUGUAACAACAGACAAUAAACAAAAUAUAGAAGAAGAAUAUAACAAAAUAAAUAAUGAGUUGUCAGAAUUACACAAAUUGAGGUUACAAAGAUUCCAAAAAAAGUAG